GAGGAGGUUUAUACUGCACAGACUAAUGCAUUAAUGAGAGUCAGGUGUUCAAGUCCAGGUGCUCAGGUUUUAUUUCAUCAACUGACUGUGAUCAACACUUACUGGAGAAUGCAGGGCUUUGUUCCACACUCCGGAGCAAAAGGUGGCGGUUAUGCGUCGAUUUACGUUGGUUGCCAGCCACCGUAAAAACCAAGAAGAAGGGUGGUGACUCAGGACAGGUGCGCGAGCGGACAGGAAGUGGCCAUGCACUCUGGUGAACGGGAAGGAGGAAGACACCCUGAGAGGCAAGGUCUUUGUUGUGGCAGUCUGAACGAUGAUAAGAUCUUGAUGAAGAUGGGUUUGGGGCUGGUGUUGGUGGGUCAUGUGAACUUCUUGUUGGGGGCACUGGUACACGGAGCUGUGCUCAGACACACAGAAGUGUUCUCCUGGAACAAGAAACUCAUCUACCCCAUCUCCAAUGUCCUCGCUCUUGUGGCAGGACUUAUGGCAAUUAUUGGUGGAAUCUCGGCUAUUGUUCUCUCAAAGAACAAAAAAAACCAGCUGCUGAGUUGGUUUCUGCUAAUUGUGAGUGUUUUGGCUGUUCUCUUGGGUGCCGCCUCUGCAGUGGGAAUCACCGUUGCCACAGUGAGGGCCAUAAUGUGGGAAGGAAACACUCUGUUUGCCCACUGCGACCUGCCUACCAACAUGACCUACUACAGCAUCACAAAUGAAUGCCCCUUUGACCCCACACGCAUCUAUGGUACUACAUUAGUCCUAUGGUUUCCAUUGAUUCUGAUGUCAGUGGUGGAGGUUGUGUUCUCCUGCCGAUGUUUCUUGGCUUGCACUUCUUUCCUCCGGUUGCAAUGCCCAUGGAGGACAAAUGUCAGGCUGCCAGAAGAAACCACACUUCCACCAGGAGAUGAUCCAAACGCGGAGGAGGAGCCUACAGAACAGAACAACCUACUUGACAAAGACACUGUUGCUGUGGAGACUAGUGAUUGGCUAUAAUUCCUAGGUAUACAUCACAUAGAACUGCUGUAUGACAGUGGAGCAAGAAAUACCAAGUGCCAAUGCAAAUAAAAGCAUAAAGUGGCUAGCAGUUGAAGAGAGCUGGCGUUCUGACAUCUGUCUUAAUUCAGCACUAAUGUUCUGUUAUUCCUCAGUCUUAAGGGUCAGACUGUGACCAAUGCUAUUGGUUUCACCAUGUAAAGUGCACAAUGUUUACAUAUAAACAAUGUGUGUGAUGAUUGUUUUAUGUUUGUUACAUAUUUUCUACACUGAUGGGAUUCCUUGUUACGGAGCAUUUGUAUAAAAUAUUUUUCUAUUUAAAACUGAGAUUCUGAAAUUGCUCUUAAUUGGAUUGACGGGCCAAAUAUAUCUGUGCAUGUAAA